GAAGCUUCAUUUAAAAUUAAAUUAAAAUGCAGAGCCCCCUGGACCGGUGGGCAGGACCCAGGCAGUGUGAGUGCCACUGAAAAUCAGCUUGUGUGCUGCCUUUGGCACGUGUGCCAUAGGUUACCUGCCUCUGGCCUAAGAUUUGGGUUUAUUUCUCACUCCAGUCCGAUACUGCAUUUUAGUGCCACAUCCAUUCCUGCCUCUGUGAAUUGCAUUUUAUAAGGCCAAGAUGAAAAUGAAGGGAAUUUGCUGCUGCUUCUGUUCACCCUCCUUGUGUGCCUUUUAAACCAGGCAUUCUCAACCUUUUUCUUUCUGAGGCCCACCCCCAACGGCCUGGCAGUGCCACAACUGUUUUUCUGCAUAUAAAAGCCAUGGCCAGCAUUAGGCGGUAGCAAUCAGGGCAAUUGCCCAGGGACCAACGCCACAGGGGGCCCUACAAAGCUAAGUUGCUCAGGCUUUGGCGUCAGCCCUAGGUGGCAGGGGUCCCAUACGGCAGGGCUUCAUCUUUCUGCCCUGGGCCCCAGCAAGUCUAAUGCCGGCCCUGCUUGGCGGACCCCCUGAAACCAGCUCGCGACCCCGCAGUGGGCCCUGGACUCCUGGUUGAGAACUACUGCUUUAAACCACUGGGUGGUUCAUACACAGCCAACUUCUGCCUUUUCUUCUCUGAGGCUGGGAACUGACCGUAGAUCUCCUGAGCCCCACUCCAGUGCCUUAACCACAAGUCUAUCCUUCCUUCCUGCUCUAACGAAUAGUGCAUGAGGGGUACAGAAGGACAAAGAAGAGAAGCAGCUGGAGGAACAGAAACUGAUCUCUCCUGUCACUGAAGGAACUCCGCCCAUGACCACACCACCACCAAGUGGGUGCUCAGAUUUGUCAUGCAAAACCUUAUAGAGCUGGUGGGGUGGAUUUCUCAGCCCAUUUGGGAGGCUUGGCUGCCAGUGACAAGUACCUGCUGGAGCUCUGCACUCCUCAAAGACUCCAGACCAGAGCACACCUGAGCUGCAGCUGCACUUCUCCUCCUGUAACAGCCGAAGAGGAUCCAGUUGACAUGGCGGCAUCCCAGGCCUGGCGCUGCCUCGCAUUGCUGCUCCUGCUGCUCUGUGACCCCGCUCGCUUGUCCAGGGUGCCCGUGCGGACGCAGAGGAAAGGGAUUCUUGCCGAAGCCAUGCGGAGACUGCAGGAGGUCUUUGACAUUGAGGCCUUGCCCCAUGAUGUCCUGCCUCACAGGAAGCCACCCCAAUUUAUGGUAGAUCUUUUCAAUAAGGUGGCAGAUUCCAACGGGAUCACGAAGGCCCCAGGGCUGCUGGAAGGCAACGUGGUGCGGAGCCUUGAAGACCGAGAUUAUUUUGAUCAGUCUUAUUUCUACUUCAACAUCUCUUCGGUUGGGAGGAAUGAACAAAUGCUAAAAGCUGAGCUCAGAGUUUUCAAGCUAAAUAAAAACCAUGUGCCUCAAAAAUCUUUUUGGCAACAUUUUCUCAAAGUGGAUGUGUAUGAGCUUUUGGACAGGGGAAGUAAGCCUCAGAGAAGAAAUCUCAUUUCAUCCAGAUUACUGUCUUUGUAUACCGAAGGCUGGGAGGUGUUCAAUGUCACGCAGACAGUUUCCAAAUGGUUUGGAAACAGCAGCUCUAACCAUGGCUUUUUGAUCACUACAACUCAUCUAUCUAAAACCAAAAUGGAAUCCAACUUCGUCAAGUUUGCCAAGAGCCGGCACAAUAUGCGAGACAGUAGGAAUGCUUUCUUGGUCCUCUUCACCAAUAAUGACAGACAGAAAUCUUCCAGCUUCCUGCCCUCUUCCACUGAAUUCCAGCCAUCCUUGCCUGAAGACGAUACUUCAUCACACCUACCUCACCAAAACGAGGUCUUUGCAAACAUCAGAGUGAACAAAAGCAGAAGAAUUCGGGAUACCUCCUUCUUCUCCCCCAAAGGCCAAAUUGUGCCAUGCCAGCUCAAUGAUCUCUUCGUCGACUUCCAUGAAAUUGGUUGGGCGGGGUGGAUCAUUUCCCCACGUGGCUACAAGGCUUUUUAUUGCAAAGGGGCCUGCCUGUUCCCCUUAGGGGAAAGUCUAAGAGCGACCAACCAUGCUACCGUCCAGUCCAUAGUGCAUACGCUGAAACUGUCCAAAGACGUCAGCACGCCGUGCUGUGUCCCAGACAAACUGAGUUCCAUCAGCAUUAUGUACUUUGACGACAGUGAGAAUGUUGUCCUUAAGAAUUAUAAAGACAUGGUGGCCACGAGCUGUGGUUGUCACUAACAAGAGCUCUUUCUGCCUGCAACUGACUUGCAUCUGGACUCGGUGCAUUCGUUCUCCACAGCCCCAGUGGUGCUGGAACAACUUUUAUAGUGAGGGUGCUGAAGGCGGAUACCAUGUAUUUGGGUUGUUAUUUCUACGUCAAGCCGGGGGGUGCGGUAGCACCCCUAGUUCCAGCACCUAUGCACAGCUCUUGUAAUGUUCAGUUUAAUAACAUGUCCGAUAAGGGGGGAGCCAGGCAGUCAGCUUUGAAAUGGCUCCACCUCCAGGCUCCACCCAUGGGACUGCAGCAGAGAGGAGAAUGCUACCAAACUCUACAGACUUGCUGACUUUUCAAAGGGUCCCAUGCCGCCCGGCCUGUGGUGACAAUGCAGGGAAGGUGUGGGGGAUGCUUCUGUAUAUACAAACCAGUGGGACCGAGCAGAACUUGGCUUAAGCAGGGCUAUAACAUAAAAUCCUGAGCAUUUUAGGCAGAACCAUUUUUAGAAAACACCUCUGUUUGGUUAGAGUCUAGUUGUUGGAGCAGGGAGUCAGGACUCCUGCAUUCUAUCCCUGGCUGUGGGAGGGGAGUAGGAUCUAGUAGUUAGAACGGGGGAGGGGGGAGUCUGAGAGUCAGGA